GUCAGUGCGCGUCACCAUGGUUACCGGCGGACCUGUCGCCGCACCCUCUUCAUCCCCUCAGGCGGAUACCACCACGAGGCGACCGGCGGAGAGUAGGAGGAGUAACAAGCCGAUCAUGGAGAAAAGGAGGCGAGCAAGGAUAAACAACUGCUUGAACGAACUGAAGUCCCUGAUCUUGGAUGCAAUGAAAAAAGACCCUGCCAGACACUCAAAGUUGGAGAAGGCAGAUAUCCUGGAGAUGACCGUGAAGCAUCUAGAGAACAUGCAACGGCAGCAGGUGGCGAUGAGUGCUGCGACCGACCCCCAAGUGCUCAACAAGUUCCGCGCUGGGUUCAGCGAGUGUGCUGGAGAAGUUGGAAGGUUCCCAGGGCUAGAGCCUCCAGUGAGACGAAGGCUAUUACAACAUUUGGCCAACUGUCUCAACAAUUCCACCCCUGCUGAGUCUACACCUGCCCCCGCCGAGCCCCAGCCUGCUGCCCCACAGUUGACGGGGGUGCAAGUACAUAUUGUUCCUGCCGUGGACACCCAGGUCACCUCGUCCAACAUACUCUUCAGCACGGGUAACACCACGGGUCUACAGUUGGUUCCUACAAGACUACCUAACGGAGACAUCGCUCUGGUGCUUCCGUCCUCUGGCACACAGAUUCUGAGACAAGUUUCUACUCCGUCAACUUCACCCUCUCCUUCCUCCACUUCUGCAACCUCCUCCUCACCCCUGCCUCUGCUGCUGCCCAUCCCCAACAGGACAGCUUCUGCAGGGUCUGCCUCGUCUUCCCCUGUGGCCUUUGAGAGGUUGACCGUUAGCACCUCCACCAACACUCCCUUGGAGAACUCCCAGCAGAGUUUCCCCUCUCCAAUCAGUCCGACCUCCAGCACAAACUCCUAUGACAGACCGGAGUCUCCCCUCAGGCCCUACAGCCCUCCUCAAGCACCUCUGUCCUUGGUUGUCAAGAAGGACUUCCAUGAAAUGUCUUCUGAAGACGAAAAGCCGUGGAGGCCAUGGUGAAUUCGAACUAUUCUUAUUAGUGAUGUCUUUCAGUAAUAUAGUGCCUGAUGUAUGUACUUUAGUUAAGUUUGGGUAUUACAAUAACUAUUCAUAUAAAGAGGACAGCGAGGAAAAUAAAUUAUUUACAAGAUGUUAUUUACUGUAGUUACUCUAAAUACUAGAAACUGUUUGUCAUAUAUCACAACUUAAUUAUGUUAUUGCAAACUUGUCCUGUGUAAUUUUGCAUAUGCCCAUUCUUACUGUUUACUUAUGCAAUAUGUAUAUAUCAUAUUACAUAAAAUUGAUCUCUAAAGAUUGUUUAUAUUUUAUUAUAUAUAUUUAAAGGUUUAUUUUCCUAUUGGAAAGCAACAUUCCUAUAAAAUAUUACUGUUACUGAAUUUAUUCCAAUACGCUGUGGGCAAUCGCCUAUUUUUCAUAAUUACUGUUAAAUUUGUAUAUUUUUAUUCAUGCAACAUCUUUGGUUGUUAUGUUUGUUUAAAUCAUUAGGCUUUAUGAUGUUUUUCAUUUCAAUUUCUCUAAAUUAAAGAUAUAUAUUGAAUUUCUUAAAGAUGAAAUGAAGUCCUUAAAGAUUACAGAUAUAUGAGCUUGUCCAGAUUUGCUGUUAUUUAUAGGUAUAGAAUUGUGGUUGAUUCUCUUUAUAUAUUUUUUUUAAAUUUAAUUACUGAGGAACUUUAGGUCAAAUAAACAAAAAAACGUAUAAAUAAAGUAAAAUAGUUAAAAUGCAAUUACUUUUGUUACUCUUACAUUGUUUACUAACUUUAAGUGUUUGUUUGUUGCUUUCUCUUGUAUUAUAGUGUAUAUUUGAAUCGACUGAUUACUAUAAAUUAGAACAGAUGUAAGUGCCUUAUCAACAGAUCAUUGUCUUCCAAUGUAAAAUAGUAAAGGCACAAGCCAAUGGUCCUGAAUAAAUAUCUCA